AUGUCUAAAUCAGAACAGCAAACAUCAUCACCUACUACUAAUAAUGCUAGCUUUGAAAGUGAUGCUUUAACCUCACAAACACAAGGACAAGAACUCCAAACUAAAAUUUUACCAUUUCCACAAUUUAAUCUUUCAUUUCCCGAGGCGGCACAACCUGACAUAAGAACCCAAACGUUAGGAGAAGAAUACUGUGAUAUAAUGCAAAUUUCUGUACCAGAUAAACAGUUACCAUCAGUUAAAGUAAAAGUUGCAGCAAGAAAAUGCACACUUUGUUUAUCGCCACGUAAAAACACAACAGCAACUCCUUGUGGUCAUUUAUUUUGUUGGUCAUGUAUUGUUGAAUGGUGUCAAAAUAAGCCUGAAUGUCCUUUGUGCAGACAAUAUGUAAAUCCAUCUCAUUUACUUCCAAUUUAUAAUUAUUAA